AUGUCAACUACAACUAAGACUGGGUUUCAUGAUCACAUAGCUGGGGACGAUGCAUUGUCCCAGGCUAUGCUGAGGAUAUUAGAGAGGGUUACUGGGCCUAAUACUGGAUCUAGGGGCCGAGGGUCAGUUACAGAACGACUCCGGCCUAACGGGGAUAAGCUAUUUAGAGGUGUCACUGGAGUCGCCCCUAAUAAGCUAAAGGGUGCUGUCUCUUUGCUUCACGACGAAGCAUACUGGUGGUGGCUGCCCGUUAAGGAGGGGACUCAGGCCGAACGACUAACAUGGGAUCUCUAUAAAUCUGCUUUCCAAGGUAAAUAUAUGGGGGCAAGCUACAUCGACACUAGGAGCCAUGAGUUUCUGAAUGUCACGCAAGGGUAUCGUUCAAUGGCCGAGUAUGAGGCCAAGUUUCUUAAAUUAAGCCGCUAUGCGCCAGUCAUGGUGGCAACUGAAGAUGAGAAUUGUGUUCACUUUGAGGAUGGACUCAGGGAUAGUCUGAGAGUUCUGAUAGUUCCACAGAGGGAGUGUGAUUUUCCUGCACUGGUGGUGAACGCAAAGAUAGUCGAAAAGGUUAAGUGCACUGAGCGCCAAAACUGA